AUGGCAUCGACGCCGAAGGAUGGAUCAGAGCGCUUUGGCGAUAUGAGGGAUUACAUGUCCAACACGUUGUUCCAGCCGCACCGAGCCCGCGACGCCAUCCGGGACGCCCAUCAGGGCAAGAUCCCUACUCUGCUGGGAUACUACGCCGGGCUGGCCUCUGUCCCGAUCACCCGCUGGCUAGCCCCCAUGGGGUUCGACUAUGUCUGGAUCGAUUGGGAGCAUAGCGCCAUGAAUAUCGAGACCAUGACAACCAUGGUACACGAGGCAGUUUUCCUCAGCAACGGCCGCACGAUCCCUUGGGUACGCGUACCCGGCCACGACCAUGCCACCAUGGCGUAUGCCCUCGACGCAGGCGCAUCCAUCGUGGUGCCGCAAGUUGACACGGUGGAACAGGCCAAGGAGGCCCGCGGAGCCGUAAAGUUCGGCCGAAAGAAUGGCGGGCACCGCUCCGCGCCGCCUUUCCGCUACGUGCAUGGGCUGACGGACGUGCCGCUCGACAAGGACCACUCGUUGUGGGAAAACUUCAACCGCCAGUCGGGCUUCAUGAUCCAGGUGGAAUCGCUCGAGGGUAUUCAGAAUCUCGACGCGAUCCUGACAGAAGUGCCCGAGAUCGACGCCGUCUGGCUUGGCACCAUUGAUGCCCGCGUCAGCAUGGGCCUGCCGGGUGGCCACGGCAUCGUGGGGACAGAACCCGAGUGGCUUGAGGCUGUUGAGCUGUUCCACAAGACCAUGCGCAAGCACGACAAGCCUUACUCGGGCUUCUGCCUGGCCAAGGGUGAUGCGUUCCUCAAGGGGAAGAGCUACAUGUCCAUGUGCAUUGUGGCCGGAGACACGCUCAAGCUGGGUGAGAUGAUGGGACACUUGGCGGAGAGGAGAGCCGAGAUGGCUCAGACGCAAAACGGUGCCCAGUAA